UAUCAGGUGCAAGUAAACAUCAUAGAAUUCAUUUUGCAGAAAAUUCAAACAGCACAUCUUUCAUUGAAUGGGAUGAAGAUGAAAUACCAAGUUCUUUAAUGUUGAAAGGUGUUGAGCCACAAAGUACCUGUGAAUUGGAGGUGGAUGCAGUAGCUGCUGACAUUUUAAAUCAACUGGAUAUUGAAGCCCAGAUUGGCAGAAACCCUGGUUUGCAAGCUAUAUGGGAAGAUGAGAAGCAGCGACGGAGAGAGAAAUGUGAAUCUUCUCAGAUUAAGACACCAGAUUCACAAGACCGUGGAUUUGUGCCAGCAACAGAGAGUGAAAAAUAUUUUCAGAAGAGACUUAAAGAAAUCCUCAAGCAAAAUGACUUCUCUGUAACGUUGUCAGGAUCAGUGGACUACAGUAAUGGAUCAGAGGAGUUCUCUGCUGAGCUAACACUACAUUCUGAGGUACUUUCUCCUGAAGCCUUUCAGUGUACACCAGCUAAUAUGGUAGAAGUGCAUAAAGAUAAAAAGAUGAACAAAGAAUCUAAUAGGAUGCAUACUGAUAAAGAAGAGGAAGCACUUAUUAAUGAAGAAGCAAUUUUAAACAUUGUGGAGAAUAGUCAGAGUUUUCAUCAUUUGUCUCAAAGACUGAGUCAGACUACAGUUUUUAUGAACAGUAGUGCUGAUGAGGCCAUGAUUGAUCUAUUGGCUGGUUUGGAGAGUGAUGGCUAUCAGAUGGGACAUCACAAAACACUCUCUCACCAUCAUUCUCUUGGAAGCUGUCGAAAUUCUCAGAACAGUGAUGAUGAAGAAAAUGAGCCACAGCGCGAGAAAGAGGAAAUGGAACUUAGCUUGGUAAUGUCGCAAAGGUGGGACAGUAGCAUUGAAGAGCCUGGGCCAAAAAGGAGGUCAGCUGGCAAAAAUAUGCAUCGAAGUUCAACAGAAGAGGAUUCAUCUUCAGAGGAAGAAAUGGAGUGGAGUGGUAGCAAUAUGCUCCUAACUAAUCUCUCUAUACCUCAGUUAGAUGGGACUGCAGAUGAAAAUGGUGACAAUCCUUUGAAUAAUGAAAGUUCUCGAACUCACUCCUCCGUCAUUGCAACAAGCAAAAUGUCUGUAAAGACCUCAAUCUUUCACAAAGAUGCUGCUACACUAGAACCCCCGUCUUCUGCUAAAAUUACUUUUCAGUGUAAACACACAAGUGCCCUUUCUAACCACGUUUUGAAUAAUGAAGAUUUAGUAGAAGACCUCUCGCAACCAAACACGGAAACAAGACCUGAACUUUCAGUCCAUUCUCUUACAAAAGAAAGCACUUACACAGCAAAGUACCCAACAUCAUUCAGCAAUAGUACCCAUGCAGAAAACUCACAUAAAGAGAGUAACAAGAAAGAUACCCUCCCAGUUCCUUCAUGUGAAAAUAAUAUUUUUGAGUAUGAAGAUGAUAUUUCAUCAGUGAGCAGACAAAUACCUAGCAGGAAGUAUACUAGCAUCAGAAAAGCUGAAAAGGAUGUCUCUUUUAUGCAUGUGGGCCGCCACAUUGGUGACAGCAUGUUGAAUAAAAACUCUUUUAACUUUUCUGAUUUGGGCCACUCUGGCCACUCCAAAGGUAAAAUGUCCUCUGAAGUAAAUGAAAAAUCCAGCAGUGCAAGUAUAAAUAGUUUUUUUCCAGCAACAGUUACAGAAAAUUGUGAAUUGGUGUCUUGUUCAGGAGGCAGUCGAACUGUGGUACAUGCACUUGAAAAUAACACUGAUGAAGGUGGCCUUAAUAAGCUUAAAAUUAGGUAUGAAGAAUUUCAGGAGCAUAAGGCAGAAAAGCCAAGCCUCAGUCAACAAGCAGCACAUUAUAUGUUCUUUCCUAGUGUUGUUCUUUCUAAUUGUCUCAGCCGACCACAAAAGUUAGCUCCUGUAACAUAUAAAUUACAGCAAGGCAACAAACAGUCCAGGCUGAAGCUGAAUAAAAAGAAACAUAGUUUUAUCAAUCAUCAGGAGCCUGCAACUGUAAAUGAUGUUGUAUCAGUGAAGGAAAGCUGCUAUACACAAGGUAAUGCUUGUAGUAAUAUUCCUGAUAAGGACAGUGCUUUACCUAGUGACUUAGUCCAAGUUCCUCUUGAGGCUUUUGAAAACAAAAUGCCUACAAGUACUGCUAAUUGUAAUGACUGCCAGAUUGGAGAUGGAUCUCUUGAAACUGAGCAGUCAUUUGGAUUAUGUGGGAAUAAAUACACACUUCGAACUAAACGGAAGGUAAAUUAUGAGACUGAAGACAGUGAAUCAAGCUUUGUCGCACACAACUCAAAAAUUAAUCUACCUCAACCAAUAGAAAGUGUUGAAAGUUUGGAUGGGUCUCAGAAGUCUCGAAAACGUAGAAGACUUUCUAAAAAAUUGCCACCUGUUAUUAUUAAAUAUAUUAUCAUCAAUAGAUUUAGAGGGAGAAAAAAUAUGCUUGUUAAACUAGGGAAAGUAGAUUCUAGUGAGGAAAGAGUAGUACUCACAGAGGAAAAGAUGAAUUUAUAUAGAAAGCUUGCACCUUUAAAAGACUUUUGGCCAAAAGUUCCUGACUCUCCUGCAACCAAAUAUCCUAUUUAUCCACUAACACCAAAGAAAAGUCACAAAAGGAAAGCAAAACAUAAGUCCACCAAGAAAAAAGCUGGAAAACCGCAAAAAACAGGUAGUAAAAAUAUUAAAAGAACUUUAUCUUUCAGGAAAAGGACUCAUACAAUUCUUUCUCCUCCUUCACCGUCAUAUAAUGCUGAAGCUGAAGACUGUGACUAUAACUAUAGUGAUGUUAUGUCUAAAUUAGGUUUUCUUUCUGAGAGAAGCACAAGCCCAGUAAACACAUCCCCACCUCGUUGCUGGUCUCCCACUGAUCCAAAAGCAGAAGAAAUCUUGACCAACAUGGAUAGAGAAGCUUUACAUACUAGAGUCCCUAAUAUGUACAACAGCAAGGCUGUUAAUUCUAGUGUAGGAAAAAAUAGUAGAGCAAAAACUCAGGUUAAGAAAUGUAAAAAGAAAUUUGCUGGCCCCACUGUAUCAACCAAGAAAAAGAAAAAGAUGAAUCAGGCUGAUAAAACAGCAGAUGAUGGAAAGAAGAAACCUAGAACAAAGCAAAGACAGAAAACAACAGAAAAAGUGUCCUCAAGAAAGCGCAUGGUAUUUAAAGAUGAAAAAGGAAACACUCACUCUACCACAGAAGUGAAGUUUGUGCUGAAACGUCAAGAUCUACCUGAGAUUUCUUACAGCGCACAGCCACUUCAUAAUCCGAAAGAUGGUCCUAUUCCUGGCUAUCCAGCAGGAUAUCUACCAUCGGCACAGCUCCCUUCAGGAGCUGAUGCACAAGGUAAUUCGUCAGGCUGUUUUCAUUCAUUGAUGGAAAUUGAUAAGCCUGUAGAUGCACAGUGUUUACCUGCUCCUCGAGAAGAUCCUCAUUCAUCUCUCGUGUCUACUCCUCCAGCAUCUGGAAGGGAAGUACCAAAAAUGAGCUCUCAAAGGCCUAGGACUCAAAAUGCUGUAUUUAGAAUGAAGGAACCUGCUCUCAUUAAAAACAUAUUUGACCCAUCUAAUCACUCAACUCAGGUAACACAGAAUGUGCGCAUCUCUAAAGAUAAGACUUCUGUAAAAGCAGAAGAGAUAAAAAAUUUGCAAAAUAGGUAUUUACCGUCAGCUGGAAAAUUAAAUGAAGCUCGUGACUCUUUGGAUGCAACAAAGAUGGAUCAGUUGCAUGCCACUAACUAUUUGCAUUGUAAAGACAAUAAUCAACAGCAGAUUUUUUGUUUACCAGAGGCUUCCAAGCAUUCUGAUCCUUGUUCUUCUAUUCUUAAGUCAUCUGAGGAAAGCCCUGGGCCUCUUCAGUUGCCUAAGAACUGUUUUGUAACCUCUUUGAAGAGUCCAGUGAAACAGUUAAAUUGGGAUCAAAACCAGAGAGGAUUUAUUUUCGACAUGUCACAUUUUAAACCUGAAACGGUAAAACAGAAACCUCUUUCAGAAACAACCAUGCAGCCAAAACCCAUCUCUCAGUAUAAAAACAGGACUAUAGUGGCCCCGUCAGUGUUCAGUGAAGGACAGUCUGGCCUCGCUGUUCUGAAAGAGUUGCUCCAGAAGAGGCAGCAGAAAGCUCAGAAUGCAAAUGUUACACAAGAAUCAUUACCGGUUAAAACACAGCUGAGCAGAAGUACGCCGUGCCCCGUGGAACAGAAUAAAGCAGUCAAAAGGUCACGGACAGUCACAUCGCCUAGAAAAGCACGUGCUCCCAGGAAUACAAAACCUAAAGAAAAAUCAGCAAAACUUUCCAAAAUGGAGUCCUUAAGCCAGCAGGUCUCUAGUCGCAUCGAUCAUUCUGUUUCUGAUGACAGCCCCAUUUUUUUUUCAGACCCUGGUUUUGAAAGCUGUUACUCGCUAGAAGAUAGCUUGUCUCCAGACCAUAAUUACAACUUUGAUAUUAAUACUAUAGGGCAAACUGGAUUUUGUAGUUUUUACUCUGCAAGCCAGUUUGUCCCAGCAGAUCAAAAUUUGCCCCAGAAAUUUUUGAGUGAUGCAGUUCAAGAUCUUGGUUCUGGACAAACAACAGAAAAUGACUUUCUGUAUCAUAAUGACCAAAAAUCUGAUGAAGAAAAACAGCAUUCGUCAAGCACAAGUAAGUGGAUAAGAUCUGGUUCUCUGAGCCCUGAGCUUUUUGAGAAAACGUCACUGGAUAAUAACGAGAACCACUGCCAUAGCCAAUGGAGGAAAAAUGUUCAUCCUUCAGCUUCUAGAUCUAACUCUGUCGAUACCUCUUGUACGCAAGAGACAGAGGUUUGUUUAAAUGAAAAGUUCAAAUUGAAUAGAAGUACGGUAAAUAAGGAGAGAUUUCUUAACCUUCCUCAGCCAACCAGCUCAGACUGGAUUCAGAGCCACAUGAGAAAAGAAACCACUUUUGAACCCUGUCAACCACUUGAUUCUGUUAAUACCUCCUUUGCAUCCAUAUUGUCUUCUCCUGAUGGUGAACUUAUAGACGCAGCCUCAGAGGAUUUAGAAUUAUAUGUUUCGAGAAACAACGAGGCAUUAACUCCAACUCCAGAUAGUUCACCAAGGUCUACCAGUUCUCCCUCACAAUCAAAGAAUGGAAGUUUUACACCUCGUACUGCUCACAUUCUUAAGCCGCUCAUGUCCCCACCCAGCCGUGAAGAAAUCAUGGCAACUUUGCUGGAUCAUGAUCUCUCAGAAACAAUUUAUCAGGAACCAUUUUGCAGUAAUCCUUCCGAUGCUCCAGAAAAGCCAAGGGAGAUUGGAGGACGGCUUCUCACAGUAGAAACUAGACUUCCAAAUGACCUGCUUGAGUUUGAGGGAGACUUCUCAUUAGAAGGCCUACGACUCUGGAAGACUGCGUUUUCAGCAAUGACAGAAGGUCCUAGACCAGGGUCACCUCCUCAUUACGGUCACUCUACUGUUAAUAAAAGAGAAAGUAAUAGCCAUAAAACUAGUGAAGACAAAAAAAUAGUUAUAAUGCCAUGCAAGUGUGCUCCAAGCCAGCAACAAGUUCAGAUAUGGCUUCAUGCCAAAGAAGAGUAUGAACAUUUCAAGAAAUUGCCUAAGAAUCAUCCUGCUGAGCUGGAAAAGGCAGCUGAGAAUUUCAGCUCCACGGUAUUGUCUGGAGAGAAACCUAAAGAAGUAGUAAAAGCAGCUAAAGAUUUAAAUUUGUCAAGCCUGGAAGAUGAAAGACCUGUUGUGCCUACAAAGGAUUCUCCUGCUUCUGUGGCAGAUCCUACAAAAAUACAAACCAAGGAAAUGUGUGAUAAGUCUGUAAGUACUAUAGGAAAUUCUAUAAAUAUUAAAAGUGACAUAGAUUCCAAUAAAACUCCAUCUGAAAGCAAGAUGCUUACUCCUUCAACACUAGAACGGGAUAAGGAGGAGGAGGAAGAAGAUUAUUAUGUCAAUUAUAGUUCACCAGAUUCUCCAGUGCUUCCACCUUGGCAACAAGUAGCAUCUCCAGAUCCCAAGCAGUCCAAUGCAGAAGAUGCAGAGUGGAAAAGUCAGGAUGUUAUUUUGUCUUCUGUGGAAGAAAAUGAUGUAGCACUUGUUGGAAGUGCACAAAAUUCUCCGUCCACCCAAGAGGAUAUUAAGAUGACUUUUGACAUGUCUCCAUUUCCACUUAGUGAAGAUCCUGGAAAUUCUGAAUCCGUUUGCUUACAUAGUACACCCAUCAUGCAAAGAAAAAAUAGUGAUGGAAUACCUGAAGUUUUGGGGUUUACUCCUUUAUCAACAGAACCAAAAACCCAGAAACUGUGUCAUAAGAGAGGAAGUAAUGCUGAUGGUCUUCGAAGAGUACUUCUAACCUCACAAAUGAAGAAUCAGUUUGCUGCCCUUGGUGCUCCAAAGAUAGAGUCUUCUGAGAUUGAAGGACCAUCUUUAAAUAACACUUACGGUUUUAAAGUCAGUGUGCAAAACCUGCAAGAAGCAAAAUCUCUACAUGAGGUAAUUUACAUUAUGU